CUAGCUGACCUUCUAUCCCAUCCUCAAGCAAAACAAAUAGAACUUGACGUGCGCAGGAUGGGUUCGAUGAUUCCUGAAGGCACUUCAACUGAAGAGAGUGAGAGGUUAAUUACAGAGACAAAACGGCUCGCGCUAUCAAUCCUGACCGAAUAUCCCGAACUUCAUUACUAUCAGGGUUUCCAUGAUAUCUGUUUUACUUGCCUCGCGGUCCUUGGGCCAGAUGACGCUUUUGCGGUUCUCAGACAAAUUGUUCCAAAGCACUUCAGUUCAUUUAUGCAAAAGACAAUGAAUGCUACGUCAGAGAUGCUUCAGUUGGUUUUCGAUCUUUUGAAGCUUACUUCUCCAGAGAUUUGGUCCCGGUUUCAGGCUUUGAAUUUUGAGCCGUUCUUUGCACUUUCCUGGUUCCUCACUUGGUUUACCCACAUCCUCUCCGAUAGUAACGAUGUUCAUCGGCUAUAUGAUCUUUUCUUGGCUUCUGAUCCCACUAUGCUGAUUUACCUCUCCGUUUCGGUGAUUAUAUGCAGCACAGAAGAAAUAAGUUCAACUUCCGAUGAUUUCGGUGAGCUUCAUCGAGCACUUACCCAUCUUCCAAUGAAACACGAGGUCGAGAGAUUAAUCCAAUGUGCUCUCGAUAUCUAUCAGACAGUGGGACCUGAGAAGCUUCUCCAGGGGGCCGAUGAACGACGCUUGGGUGGUCAGGCAUCUUCAAGGUCUCCAUCUCCUUUUCUGUUGAAUGCCAUCAACCAGAGGUUGCUUGUUUGUGGAGCAGUCGCUGUCGUUACCGUAGGCUUCGUCUGGCGCCGGUUUUUUUAUUCUUCGCGUCACUUUUCUUUUUUAGCAAUGCAAGUGCACGUGUACCUUGUGUCGAUUUUGAUUUUCGGUGUGUGUUGCGAACUGCCUCAACCUAAAACGGGCCCUGGGGGUUCGAGCUUCUCCCUUGUCGACUGCUGGUCAGAUUUUGAUCUCGCCGCCUUUGUGGAUGUGAAUGCUGACAGGCGGACGGAUGCUCUUGUGUGGUCAAGAACCUUGAAAAAACUGUCUGCGCUUAUGUCACCAAACGCAAAACAGUCCACGAACAAACCUCAAGUGCAAGAUCUACUAAACCAUACCCCCACAAAUUUGAGAAGUAUUGUAGUGGCUGACUUCAAUGGCGAUUCCCGUGUGGAUUACCUUUUUGUAGAUCAUCAUGAAAAUUUAUUCAACAUCAGUAUUUUAUUCGGCGGAAUUGAAGGAAUAACAACUGUUUCGCAGUUUGCAACGGAGCCGGUGAUCUGUGACGCCAACGCCGACAUGAUUGCUGAUGUCUACGAACUGAAUCCAAACCACACGCGUGUUGUCCUGAUGGGAACUGGGAGCACCAACAAAGCACCGACUGGUCACGUGACCAAGGGCACAAAUCCAACAUCACGUGACUUGGAGGUUGUGCACACGUGCAUGAACCACCUGGAUCGCGUUGACGUGAGCACGCCCGGCUCACGUGCGAGUGGCAGAGCAGUCGUCUUUGCCCCGACCGUCACGGCUGCGAGGGUUGUCAGCCUCUCGAAAUGCUGUCAUCGCGAAGCUCUUGUCAUCCUUAAUAAGAACUCGAAAAUCGAAGUACACGAUGACCUUUCGCCACCGGACACGACAACCGGGCAAACCAGCAGACCGCGCUUACUUGACUUGGAUGAUGUUCUUAAAGAAGCCUCAAAAAACGGACACAUUGGAAAGUUCGUCUUUGGUGAUUUCAAUAUGUCGGGCAACAUUCAACUUCUGAUCGCUGGCUGUCGAAGUAAAACUUGUGCGAAUUCUUCAUUUGUCUACUUGAAAUCCCUCGUGGGUGAUGGUGAUUGGGAAAAUGUUCCCAUAGAAUGGGACCCGCCUGAUGUUGAUGCAGUGGGCACCUGGUCUCUCGCACCUUCCCCCGAUGACGAGUUUUCGAGGUCUGCAUUAGUCGGUCCGUCUCUGGGCGACGCAGACUUGGACGGUUACCCGGAUCUUGCAGUGGGACUCAAAUUCCACCCUGAGAGCGGCGAAGGAGCAGUAUUCCCCGCCAUCCUGCGUAAUCUCCGUGGCACGGCCGGCGCGGGUGUCCUAGAUCUCUUCCUUUCUCACUCGUGUGGAGAAUCCGCCACAACUUCUUUGUACGUUCAAAAGUUACAGAAAGAAGCGUACUUCCUAAAGGUUAUGCUGACUACCGGUCGCUGUGGAAGUCCAAGUGACUGUCCCGGUGGUGUCCUGCCCUACGGCCUUCCGGGCUACGGCUUCCGUGCUUCCUACGAAACCCAGGGUGCCGACGGAAGUCGCAUACACUCCAGUGCGGUGUUUGUGACCUCUGCCUGUUGUGGCGCCCUCCAGCUACCCUUCACUAUUUUCGGCUUUGGUGACUUUGCUAAUUACGUCGAAAAUGUGCCUGUUUCCAUUCCUGCGCCGACCAAUGAAACACGGACUCAUAAACUCACCUUUAUUGUUCCAAACGCUCAAGUCGUGGUUGUUCCGAAUCCAAUAGAAACACCUUCUGACUGGCAAACCAAGUUGUUCUUGGAACCUCUCUACGAUAUGAAAGUUAUCUACGUUGCGAUCACACUAUUGGUCACCUGUGUAGUCCUUAUCGUCGUCGUCACCGUGCUUCAGUGCCUCGAAGUUCGAUCUGACCAGCAAGAAAAGCUGCAAGAGUCCCAGCGGUUCCACUUCGACGCAAUGUAA